AUGGACAAGACAUAUAAACACAUCAACGAUGAAUUCAUUAGUAGAGGAUAUUUAAAUAAUCCCAUUGAAUUUAAUAAGCUUUCAAAUCCAAGUGAGCUAUCAAAGUUGUUGUUCCAGUUUUUAGAUUUAAAGGCAGAUAAUUUGGAAUUAGUUGAUAAACUUAAGCAGCAAGAUAAGAAUAACGAUUAUGAGCAUACUAGGCUGGCUGGUUUGUUAGCUGAUUCCAAUCAAUCCAUCAUCCUCAAGGACCAGCAAUUGGCACAGCAGUCUGCUACCAUCGAUUCACUACAAUCCCAAUUAUCCGAUCAUUCCCAUCUACUCAAGCAAUCUCGUCAUCAACUCAGCCUCUCCAAAUCCGUAACUCAAUCCAUUCAAAAACAAAACAUUCAAGAUUUGAAGAGAAGAGAGGUGCAUGGUACUGGUGCUGGGACUAGUAAUGGCGACAGCCACUCUGAUUCUUCCCUCUUUGAACGCACUCUCUACCAAUCUCAACAAGCUCAAUCAAAACUCACUCAAGAAAACGCUCAAUGGAGAGAUACCUUCAAUUUAAUCGGUAGUGAGCUGUCGGAUCUAACAACUGAGACUACCAAGAGGGUUGAGUUGCUCACUGGUAAUGUCAUACACAUCGACGAUUCCACAAACAGUAAACCACCAACAAAACAAACCAAAGAUCGUCUCCUCACCUACCUCAAGACUCUCAAACACUCUAUGAAACUUCUUUCUGGUCAGAAAACAUUCAACUUUGUCGACGACUACGAUUUUGAGAAGAUAGACGUGUUGAAAUCCGAGUAUUUGUCCUUGAAGAGUGGCUUGGAUGGUUUGUCUGGGGCUAGUAUGGCUCCUGUGGCUCUUGGUGGUGUAGAUACCAACAUUGCAUCUCUACAAGAUACACAAUCAGAAUCAGAUUUUUACCCUCGACGCAGCACUAGGCUAAACUUGAGCGAUCUUCAAGCUGAACAGAGGGAUGUCGUUGAGGAUGAGAUCCGUCCACGUAAAGCACCACGUAAAGCAGUCAAAGUCUCCUCUUCUCAAUCACUUAAACGCCGUCCCAGUGCUGCUGCUGGUACGUCCAAACUCGCAGAUGUCAGGAGGGUGGAUGAUUAA